AAUUCUCUGCAACUUCGCUGCCGUGGCUGUCAUUAUCUGGAGUGCAAAAAAACUAAAUAUACCAAUUACCAGGAAAAUUUUAUAGCGAUUUUCACGUAAUUUUAAUUUAAGGAAAAUGUCGGCACUCUUCCGCCUGGCCAAUCGGAACGUCCUGCAAAACAGCAUUGUGCUGCGUCUCUCACGCACCAUCAAAACGUCUCAGAAAAAGGACGAUACUGCCGCGGUUGUUGCGCCUACUACUAAGGAAGAUUUUGCCAACCCCAAUCCAAAAAACUGGGUGAGCUAUGGAUUCGACUACAAGGAUAAAGUUAACGACCGCAACACUACAAAACUCAGCUUUUUCACAGCUGUAACGCUUUGCUUGGUUUGGGGCACAUUCCUUUGGUCAUAUUCGCCAGAUCCAAUGCUGCGCGAUUGGGCCCAACGAGAAGGUUAUCUUGAAUUGCGUCGCCGUGAAAAAGCUGGCGUCGAUUUAAUAAAUCCCAACUACGUGGAUCCCGCCUCAAUUAACCUGCCAUCAGACGAAGAACUUGACGGCGUAGAAAUUAUAAUUUAAAUUUACAUAAUUGAACUUUUUAUCAAAACUAAUUGUUUAAGAGAAAUGCACUUGUGCUAUGUUAUGUAAUUAAGCGAGGGAGGUUCUAAAGGGCUUCUUCAGGAAUAAACGCAAAUUGCACUUUCGAA